AAUUGCAUGAAAAUACCCCACUUUAUACCAAAAUUUGGUUUUUUGACAAUCUUUUCAAUUGUUGCAAAAAAUUGAACCACGUUCCAAUUUGUUGCAAUUGAGUUCCAGCGUUAUUUUCCGGCGAACUUAAAUUAGGGGUUUUGCUUAUGUGUCAUUACUAUCUGAUUUGGCGAAUGACGUGUACUCAAUAUUAUUUCAUGGAUUGCUUACCUGUAUAUGACUAAUACAUUAAAAAUUAAAAAACCCAAAACGACGUCGUAAGGGUUUGGCGGGAACAAAGGAAACGACGCCGUCUCUGAUUAGGGGUAAAAACGAAGGGAGCAGUGGAAGAUUCUUCAGAUUUUGUUGGUUAGGGCGAUUUCAAUAGCAGUCUUCUCAAUUAAAAAUACCUCGAAUCCUUUGUUGUAGAGUUGUUUAAUCAUCAAAUUGGUGCCCUUUUCGUCAUUACCGUGGAGGUGGUCCCAGCAGCACAAGGAGAAUAGUGAAUGCGAGAGACAUGAGGGACAGUUUAUUUGGACUUUACAUUCAUCAUGGUGGGAGAAUUGUGAGGUUGGAUGGUAAAGAAGUGUACGUUGGAGGUGAAUGUGAGGUGAGCUUGAAACAUGAUCCUGAUAUGUUUGGAUAUUUCGAUGUAGAAGAAAUAGUGAAAAAUCUGGGAUACUCAAGUUGGGUAAAAUUGUGCUAUGAAAUUCCUAGAAGUCAGUCCUUUUGUGUCUUGCAAGAUGAUAAAAAUUGCAUGGAGAUGCUUUCUUGUCUUACUCCAUAUAUCAGGGUUUUGCAUUGUUAUGUUGAUGGUGGGGUUGUUUCAAUUAGUAAGGCAGGUGAGAAUGUUGGUGGGAGUAGUACAGUUGCUAAGAAAAUUGAUGGUGGGAGUAAAUCAGUUGCUAAGAAAAUUGAUGAUGGGAGUAGUAGUAAGGCAGGAGAUGGUGAUGAGGGUCAGUAUGAUUCUGGGUAUGAGAGUGACAAUAUUUAUCAGUGGGACUGGGGUGGAGAUGGUGAGGAUGAACCUAAUGCAGAGGGUGGUGGUGAAGUAAAUGAAGAUGUAGAGAAUCAAUAUUCUGAUGAUGAUGAAUCUGAAGACUCAACAUACAUCCCUCUAGGUGGUGAGUCUUCUGAUGAUGAGUUGGAUGAUGAUGAGCUAGUCGCAGAUGAUGAAGAGUAUGAGAAAUCUAGGAAAGAAGUUAAGGCUAGAAGGAGCAUAUUUGAUUUAGUGGAGCAAGAGCCUGAUAAAGGGAUGGGUUUCAACCUUGUUUAUGAUCAUGAAGAUGCAGAAUCUGACUAUGUAACCUCUGGGAAUGAAGAUUCAAAUUCUACAGAUGAGGAGUUGGAGGGAAAGAGGAAUAGGAAGUUCAGAUCUAGCUAUGACCCUAGAACAAAACCCAAAAAACUGAAAUUGCAAUUAGGUAUGAGGUUUGCAGAUGGCUUUGAGUGCAGAGAAGCCUUGAGGGAUAAUGCCAUAGCACAUGGGAAGCACAUUAGGUUUGGUAAGGUUACAAAGACUACCUGCAGAGCAACUUGCACACCACCUUGCAAGUGGACAGUGUUUGCUUCUCUUGUCGAAGCACAUGACUACUUCAUGAUCAAGACUUACUUCCCAACACACACUUGUGGCAGAAAGAGUAAUAAUAAGCUUGUUAGUUCGAAAUGGAUUGCAACCAAAUAUCAGAAUGUUUUCAGAGUGCAGCCCAAUUUGCCUAUAAAACUUUUAGCUGAUGACCUUAGGACUAGAUAUAAAACCAUUGUGGGCAGAGAUAGGUUAUAUAGGGCAAGGACUACUGGUCAAGAGAUGAUGAGAGGAUCAGUAGAGGGUCAUUAUGCACUACUUAGGAGGUAUGUUGCAGAACUUAUGAGGGUGGAUCCAGAGGGGACUUACAGGUUGUCAUUGGGUGAGGAAUCAGUAUUUAAGGGCUUGUAUAUUGGCCACAGUGCACUAAGGCACGGUUUCAAGAAAAGUUGCAGGCCUAUCAUAGGGUUGGAUGGCUGCUUCCUCAAGACUUAUCUAGGGGGAAUCCUGUUGGCAGCUGUUGGCAAGGAUGGGAACAACCAAAUGUUCCCACUUGCAUGGGCAGUGGUUGAGGUUGAGAACGAGAGCUGUUGGAAUUGGUUUUUGGAGAUUCUGCUUCAAGAUCUAGGAAUAACAGAUGGCAAUGGAUGGAGUUUUAUAUCCGACCAACAAAAGGGGUUGAUGAAUGCUGUCAGUAAGUUAGCACCACUGGCUGAACACAGGAACUGUGCACGACACGUGUACAUGAAUUGGAAAAAGCAACACAAAGGCACAAGUUUGAAGAACAUAUUCUGGGGGAUUGUGAAGAGCACCUAUGAGCAAGAGUACAAGCUGAAGCUUGAGGAGUUAAAGGCAGAGAAUGUGGCUGCCUAUGAGGACUUUGUGGCAAGAGAUGUUAAACGUUUCUGUAAGGCAUUCAUUUCUUUAUCUCCAUGUAGUGAUAUGGUAGAUAACAACAUAGCUAGACAUUCAAUGGCUACAUAAUAGCAGCUAGGGGCAUGCAUAUUAUACACAUGUGUGAGCAGAUUAGAAGGGAUCUAAUGGUUAGACAGGUUGAAAAGUUGAAAAUGAUGGCUAUGGUGUCUGAUAGAGUGUGUCCUGCUGUGAUGAAGAGCUUGGAAAAAAUUAAGACUUAGAGUGUGUCAGCUUAUGUGUUUCCUAAUAUGUUGAAGAAAUAUGAGGUGAGUUACAAGGGUAGGGCAUUUGUGGUUGAUGUCAAUGGUAGAAGCUGCACAUGUAGGGAAUGGGAUCUCACAGGGAUACCAUGUCUUCAUGGCUGUGCUGCCCUACAAUUUGAGGGUGAGGAGCCAUCUGCAUAUGUACAUGCUUAUUACACUGUAGAGAGAUAUCUACAAGCAUACAAGUAUGCCAUAGAGCCAUUGGUUAGUGAGGAGAUGUGGCCGGAGGCUGAUGGCUAUGUUGUGAAGCCUCCAUUGGUUAGGAAGCUACCAGGUAGACCUAAGAAAGUGAGGAGAAGGGAUCCUGAAGAAGAUCCAAAAAAUCAACAUAAAUUGAAGAGGUUUGGUUUGGUAAUGACCUGUAGAAACUGUCAGCAGAAGGGUCACAACAUCAAGACUUGUAAAAAUCAGAAAGUUCCACCGAAACCCAAGGGGAAACGAGGCAGGCCCAGAAUUCAUCCAAUUCAGCCUCCAAAGCCUAAGAAAACUAGGAAUUUGCAGGAAGGGUCAUCAAGUCAACAAGAUCAACCAAGGAGAGGUAGCAGGAGGACCAACAUUCAACAGCAAGAUGCUGUUUGUUCAUCUCAAAGUAAUGUGACAGCCGCAAGGGAAGGGCCAUCUACUCAAGAAAGUAGGCCUCGAGCUGGGAAUUAGCUAGAUCCUGAAGAACAUUUUGAUGUAAUAUUUAGUUUUUUUUGUUGGGAAUGUUGUGGAUCCAUUUCCAGAAUUCAUUAUCUCAGAUUCUGAAAUGUUUUAGCUUAACAGCCUUGGCUAGUAAUCGCCUCAUUUGCUGUAACAGAUAUUGCUACUCAAUACUCUUAUUUGCUAUUAUAUGAUGCUUUUGGAUGA